GGAAGCGACUGCAACUCGCGUCUUCAUCGCCACAGACAACGUCACCACGCAGACCAUCGAUGCCGAUCUAAGUUUUGUACCCUUAUGAAAGAUUUGAUAAAUUUGAUGUUUGGCGUGGUUCCUUACUUGGUUGUAUCUUUGGUUGUGGUCGUGAUAAUGGCGUUGCUCGUGAUGGCUGCCCUGAACUACCACUGCUCGAUCACGUGGCGGUGGCUGAAGUACAAGGCGUGCGGCAAACGGGGCGACAUCGAGGAAUCAGAGCCGAACAUCAUUAAUUUAAAUCAGACGUCCGUUCAAAUCAGCCACUCGUUGCCCGAUCUACAGGCCGAGGCCAUCCAACCGAUAAUGCACGACAUCAAGGAAACUACCACCAAAAAGGUCCUGAGGCAAACAACUUUACCGAUCGUUCCUGAAAGAUUGCAAACGUUUCAGCGGCAGUUAUCGCACAAGUUGGACAUACCGAACGAUAUUAAAUUCAGUAUUUGCAGUCUCGAACGAUCCAAUAGCAAGGCAGUGGGGAACAUUAAGCCUGAGCUUUACAAAAAGGAUUUAGUCAGACAAGCGUCUGUUGAAAGCAGCAGUGGUCCUGACAUGGAGUACUGUGGAAAACUGCAUUUUUCCUUGCGAUACGAUAAGGAAAUGGAGGGCCUCGUAAUUAAGAUCCUGGAAUGCCGUGACCUACCAAUCAAAGGCAGACAAAGCAGCUGUGAUCCGUACGUGCGAGUUUUUUUGCUGCCAGACCGCAAAAAGAACUUUCAAACAAAAGUUAAACGCAAAAAUAAUAACCCAAUGUUUAACGAAUCCUUCAUAUUCAGUGUUACAUAUGAAGAACUAAGGAACCGUUACAUCCAGUUUUCCAUCUACGACUUCGAUAGAUUUUCCAAGCAUGAUCUUAUUGGUCACGUGAUUUACAAAGGGCUCUUGGAUAUUGCGGAUUUAUAUCAAGAUAUCGAAUACAGCAUGAGCAUCAUGUGCCCGCCACAGGAAAACAGCAACUUGGGUGAAUUGUUAGUAUCACUUUGUUAUCUACCAAUAGCAGGACGACUUACAGUGACCAUUAUUAAAGGACAUAGUUUAAAAACGAUGGACAUCACUGGGAAAUCAGAUCCCUAUGUAAAAAUCUACUUGCUAUGCCAGAGCAAAAAAAUCAAGAAAAAAAAGACCUCGGUUAAAUUUAGGACGCUGGAUCCCAUGUUCCGUGAAGCUUUUGUUUUCGAUGUGCCACAAAACAAUAUCGAGGAUGUGUAUUUGGUUUUAAAAAUAAUGGACUACGACAGGAUAAGUCAUGACGAAACUAUGGGUUAUGUCGUAAUCGGUUCAGCUUUCAUGGGCUCCGGCAGAGACCAUUGGUUAAUAAUGCUGGACAAUCCUAGGACACCAUCAGCCCAAUGGUAUAGUUUAAUGGAAAAUCUACCAAGUUACAUACCACCGUUAAAGGAGAAAAAUGUAUGUCAAGGCUGUUUGACGACCAGGUGAAAUACCAAGCUGGACUCCACGUGGGUUUAAGAAGAAGAAUGAAAUAAAAGAAUUGAAAAUUGAAAAAUAUAAAGUUGCAUAAAAUUGUCCUGAGCAUCUCGUCCAUUUGGAAGAAGCUCUUUGAUGUAUUGAAAAAUAUCGAUAUAAAUGUGUAAAAAAAUU